GCAAUUCUUACCUACACUGUAUAAAUACAACAGGUAGAGGGAUAUAAGCACAGCAAUUAAAGAGCAAUUCAUGCUAGUUGCAGGUUUUUUAAUUACGCAUAGCAAAUGAGUGGCCGUGUUGGAGAUCUCAGUCCUAACCAGGCUGCGGCUCUGGAACAGCUGCGUGGAAGAAUUGAGGAUGUAUAUGCCCAGCUGCCUAAUCAAAGUGACCAUUACCUGCUUCGCUGGCUUCGAGCCAGAAGCUUCAAUAUCCUGAAGGCUGAAGCAAUGCUUAGAAAGCAUUUGGAAUUUCGCAAGCGUUUGAAAGUAGAUUCAAUCCUAUACGACUGGAAGCCACCAGAGGUAAUCGAGAACUAUGUCUCUGGUGGAAUGUGCGGUUAUGAUCGAGAGGGAAGUCCGGUCUGGUAUGACAUUAUUGGCCCCCUUGAUCCAAAGGGCCUUCUUAUGUCUGCCUCCAAACAAGACUACAUCAAGACCAAAAUUAGAGACUGUGAGCUUCUACGGAGAGAGUGUAUGAACCAGUCUGAGAGGCUUGGGAAAGCAGUGGAGUCCAUCACUCUUAUAUAUGAUUGUGAAGAUCUUGGCCUUAAACAUAUCUGGAAACCUGCAGUUGAAGCCUAUGGAGAGAUUCUGACUAUGUUUGAGGAAAAUUAUCCCGAGGGUCUAAAGAGAAUUCUUCUAAUCAAAGCUCCUAAACUCUUUCCUAUUGCCUACAACUUGAUCAAGCCAUUCAUGUGCGAAGAGACUCGCCGAAAGAUCGUCAUCGUCGGCUCCAACUGGAAAGAAGUGCUGCAGAAAUAUGUAGCACCAGAUCAACUGCCUGUGAUCUAUGGAGGCACAAUGACAGAUCCAAAUGGAAACCCUUACUGUAAAACUAUGAUUAAGUAUGGUGGUGUAGUGCCAAAGUCCUACUACAUAAAAGAUUCUGUUGAUGUACAGUAUGAAAAGUGCAUCACCAUCAGCCGUGGUUCUGACCACCAUCUGGAGUGUGAAGCCCUUGUCCCUAACUGCUUAUUAAGAUGGCAGUUUGCUAGUGAUGGUAGUGAUAUUGGUUUUGGCAUCUACAUGAAGACCAAAACAGGAGUGAAACAGAAAAUAACAGAAAUGCAGGAAGUGUUGCCAACUACACGUUAUAACGCACAUCUAGUGCCCGAGGAUGGGUCCUACACGUGUGAAGAACCAGGCAUCUAUGUGCUACGAUUUGAUAACACUUACAGUCUUCUUCAGUCAAAGAAGAUAAGUUUCACAGUGGAUGUUGUUCUCCCUGAAAUGCACACUCAGAACAUGGAAGAACAGCCAUGACUUGAGAGUACUUCACGUAGCCAAUACAAAACAAAGUCACUUUCUUGUAAUGAUAUCAUGUUAGAGUCAAUCAUAACAAUUGCAAAAUACACUGAAUGCCAGUGUGAGAGGAUAGAUUUUGGAUCCACUGGGACCGUAACCAGUUACCAAAGAUAAAUGAACAGAUAUACAGAACAUGUAAACACCUUGGGCUGUAUUCAGAGUUGGCGAUUAAAGCAAAAUAAGAGUCUAUUAGUAUUUACACCGGGAAAGGCUGUCAGAUUUUUCCUGAAUCUGAAUUGGUGGGAUUGGAGAUGGCUUUUAAUAGUGUCUAGAAAUUUGCAUUUUGACUUGUUGAAAUGAUGUCAGUGUUUUUCUUAAUUCAGUGUGCUCUUCUGGAAAAAGAGUAUGACCAUGGCCUGAAGAAGCUGACUUAGUAGGUCAUAUGCGACGAUUAUAGAUCACUUUAUAAAAGCACUGGUGAUAAUUUGAACCAUUAAAUAACCAUGGCCCUUGAGAAAAGCAAUGUCUAAAAUCAAGAAGCUAGACACGCGGACAAAAUUGUUGGUAGCAUUCCAUUAAAGAAAAACCCACAAUGGUCACUAAAAUAACUUGAAACUGAGAAAAGUACCAAUAAAAAUUUUUUUACCAAUUAGCAAGCAAAUAGGCAAUUUUCAGUAAAUUUUCAUUUAUCAUUACUUUUGUCAGUUUUGAGUUAUUUCAGUGACCAUUCAGUGUUUUUAUUUCUUUAAUGAAAGGGUGCCAACAAUCCUUUCCACAUGUGUAUGUCCUCAAUGAGAAAAUUUUUCAUGGGGUUGAUAUUCUAAAGUGAUUAAACUCUAAACUAUUUCAUUACUCGCCAACAGCCAACUAAAAUGGCAGAUUUAUGUAUUCAACAUUGGCCUCAAUUUGCAUUCCAUGUUUUGAGUGUAUUUACGCUUCAAAACCAGCAAACUUUUUUGGUGCUAAAUAUGAGCUAAAACUCAUAUUAAGUGAUACAUGAACUCCACCCUGUGUGUGUUACUCUCACAUAUCUUUGUUGUGUAUUUUGGUAUUAAAUACUGAACUACCUGA